AUGGGGACUGCCUCGUCGCUGGUGAGCCCGGCGGGUGGGGAGGUGAUCGAGGACACGUACGGGGCGGGUGGCGGGGAGGCCUGCGAGAUCCCGGUGGAGGUGAAGCCCAAGGCCCGCCUGCUGCGCAACUCGUUCCGCCGGGGCGCGGGGGCGGCGGGGGCCGGGCCGGGGUCGCUGCCCCGCGGGGCCGGCGGCGGCGGGCUGCUGGGGGCCAGCUUCAAGUCCACCGGCUCGUCGGUGCCCGAGCUGGAGUACGCGGCGGCCGAGUACGAGCGACUGAAGAAGGAGUACGACAUCUUCCGGGUCAGCAAGAACCAGGAGCUGCUGUCCAUGGGCCGCCGCGAGGCCAAGCUGGACACGGAGAACAAGCGGCUGCGGGCCGAGCUGCAGGCACUUCAGAAAACUUAUCAGAAGAUACUUCGGGAAAAGGAAAGUGCUUUAGAAGCAAAAUACCAAGCAAUGGAGAGAGCAGCUACAUUUGAACGUGAUAGAGAUAAAGUUAAAAGGCAAUUCAAGAUUUUUAGGGAGACCAAGGAAAAUGAAAUUCAGGACUUAUUGAGGGCCAAGAGAGAGUUGGAGAGCAAACUUCAGAGGCUACAGGCUCAGGGGAUCCAGGUAUUUGAUCCUGGGGAGUCUGAUUCGGAUGACAACUGUACAGAUGUUACUGCUGCUGGAACCCAGUGUGAAUACUGGACUGGUGGAGCCUCAGGAAGCGAGCCUUCCAUAGGGAGUAUGAUGCAGCUUCAGCAGCCCUUCCGAGGCCCAGAGUUCGCCCACAGUCUCAUAGAUGUAGAAGGACCCUUCGCAAACGUCAACAGAGAUGACUGGGAUGUUGCUGUAGCUAGUUUAUUACAAGUUACUCCCUUGUUUUCACAUUCUCUAUGGAGUAACACUGUCAGGUGUUACCUCAUAUAUACAGAUGAAACCCAGCCUGAAAUGGAGCUUUUCCUUAAGGACUAUUCACCUAAACUUAAAAGAAUGUGUGAGACAAUGGGAUAUUUUUUCUAUGCUGUGUAUUUUCCAAUAGAUAUUGAAGAUCAAUACCUCACUGUAAGAAAAUGGGAAAUUGAAAAGAGUUCAUUAGUUGUUUUAUUCAUUCAUUUAACUUUACCAAGCUUUUUAUCAGAAGAAUGUGACGAAGCUUUUCUGAAAAACCCUGAAGGAAAACCACGAUUAAUUUAUCAUCGUUUGGAGGAUGGGAAAGUCAGUUCUGACUCUGUCCAGCAACUGAUUGAUCAAGUUUCUAACCUAAACAAGACCAACAAAGCCAAGAUCAUUGAUCACUCAGGAGAUCCUGCAGAAGGAGUGUAUAAAACUUAUAUUUAUGUGGAAAAGAUUAUUAAACAGGACAUACUGGGCUUUGAGAACACAGACCUGGAGCCUAGGGGUCUGAGCAGUGACGAUUCCAUUCCAGAAGAAGAUGAUUUGGGUGAUGUUCUGUGGGACAUACAUGAUGAACAGGAGCAAAUGGAAACUUUUCAGCAGGCUUCUCGUUCAGCCCAUGAGCUGGGAUUUGAAAAAUAUUACCAACGCCUUAAUGAUCUAGUGGCGGCACCAGCACCAAUUCCACCCCUUCUUGUAUCUGGAGGACCAGGUUCUGGAAAGUCCCUUCUUUUAUCAAAGUGGAUUCGGUUACAACAGAAGAGUUCCCCUAACACGCUGAUUCUUUCUCAUUUUGUGGGGAGGCCCAUGUCAACCAGCUCAGAGUCUUCCUUGAUUAUCAAACGACUAACUCUAAAGUUGAUGCAGCAUUCUUGGUCAGCAUCUGCUUUGACACUGGAUCCUGCUAAGCUUCUAGAAGAAUUUCCACGUUGGCUAGAAAAGCUCUCUGCUCGUCAUCAUGGCAGCAUCAUCAUCAUUAUUGAUUCUAUAGAUCAAGUUCAGCAAGUUGAAAAACACAUGAAAUGGCUGAUAGACCCACUGCCAGUGAAUGUAAGAGUAAUUGUUUCUGUGAAUGUAGAAACAUGCCCUCCAGCAUGGAGGUUGUGGCCUACGCUUCAUCUUGAUCCUUUAAAUCCGAAAGAUGCAACAUCCGUUAUAAUGGCAGAAUGCCACUCUGUAGACGUUCAGCUGAGUAAAGAGCAGGAGAAGAAGCUAGAGCGACACUGUCGUUCUGCUACAACCUGCAAUGCCCUUUAUGUCACCCUUUUCGGCAAAAUGGUUGCACGUGCUGGGAGAGCAGACAGUUUAGAUAAAAUCCUUCAUCAGUGCUUCCAGUGUCAAGAUACCGUUUCAUUAUAUAGACUCGUUCUGCGAACUAUCCAAGAUUCUAUUGGGAAUGAUAUGGGUAAAGAACUGAUGAAACAGAUUCUUUGCCUCGUCAAUGUUAGUCACAAUGGUGUGAGUGAAUCAGAGCUGAUGGAACUCUAUCCUGAGAUGUCCUGGGCUGUCUUGACCUCCCUUAUUCACAGUUUACACAAGAUGUGUUUAUUGACUUAUGGUUGUGGCUUGCUUAAGUUUCAACAUCUACAGGCUUGGGAAACAGUAAGAUUGGAGUAUAUGGAAGGUGCGGCCGUUGUUUCUUCAUAUAGGCAAAGGCUAAUCAAAUAUUUCACCAUGCAGCUGAGUCAGGACAGAGUGACCUGGAGAAGCGCGGAUGAACUCCCUUGGCUUUUUCAGCAGCAGGGAAGUAAACAGAAGCUGCAGGAUUGCCUGCUCAAUCUCUUUGUGUCUCAAAACCUUUAUAAAAGAGGACACUUUGCUGAGUUGCUGAGUUAUUGGCAGUUUGUUGGCAAAGAUAAAAGCGCGAUGGCAACAGAAUAUUUUGAUUCAUUGAAGCAGUAUGAGAAAAACUGUGAAGGCGAGGAGAACAUGAAUUGCUUAGCUGAUCUUUAUGAAACCCUGGGGCGAUUUCUCAAGGAUCUGGGUCUUCUCAGUCAGGCUGUUGUGCCUUUGCAGAGGUCUCUAGAAAUUCGAGAAACAGCUUUAGAUCCAGAUCACCCAAGAGUAGCUCGGUCUCUCCACCAACUGGCAAGUGUUUACGUGCAGUGGAAGAAGUUUGGCAAUGCAGAACAGCUGUAUAAGCAGGCAUUGGAAAUCUCAGAAAAUGCUUAUGGUGCGGACCAUCCACAUGUUGCUCGUGAACUUGAGGCACUCGCAACGUUGUACCAGAAACAAAAUAAAUACGAACAAGCUGAACAUUUUAGGAAAAAAUCCUUUAAAAUUCGCCAAAAAGCUAUGAAGAGAAAAGGCAACUUGUAUGGAUUUGCCCUUUUACGUCGCAGGGCACUACAGUUAGAGGAGCUCACCUUAGGUAAGGACACACCUGACAAUGCUCGGACCCUCAAUGAGCUGGGUGUUCUCUACUAUCUUCAGAAUAACCUGGACACAGCUGAGCAGUUUCUGAAGCGUUCCUUAGAAAUGAGGGAGCGAGUUCUAGGACCAGACCACCCUGACUGUGCCCAGUCCUUGAACAAUCUGGCCGCUCUAUGCAACGAAAAGAAACAGUAUGAUAAAGCAGAAGAGCUCUACGAAAGAGCUUUAGACAUUCGGAGACGAGCAUUAGCACCUGAUCACCCUUCUUUGGCUUAUACAGUGAAGCACCUUGCAAUCUUAUAUAAGAAAAUGGGGAAACUUGACAAGGCUGUACCUUUGUAUGAGUUGGCUGUUGAAAUUCGACAGAAAUCCUUUGGCCCAAAGCACCCUAGUGUAGCUACUGCCUUGGUGAACUUAGCUGUUCUUUAUAGCCAAAUGAAAAAACACAUUGAAGCCUUGCCGUUAUAUGAAACAGCAUUAAAGAUUUAUGAAGACAGCCUGGGCCGGAUGCAUCCUCGAGUUGGAGAAACGUUAAAAAAUUUAGCUGUGCUUAGUUAUGAAGAAGGAGAUUUUGAAAAGGCUGCUGAACUAUAUAAAAGGGCAAUGGAAAUAAAAGAAGCAGAAACAUCACUUUUGGGUGGAAAAGCUCCUUCACAACACUCAUCAAGUGGAGACACGUUUAGCUUAAAAACCACCCAUUCUCCUAAUGUCUUCCUUCAUCAAGGACGAAGGUAAUAGCAACAAUGCCCAGUCACCUUAGGAUAAAUAAGAAACAUUUGAGCAUUAGAAUUUAAAACUUAAAAACAACUUCUUAAGAAAAUUCAUUUUUAUUUGUGUGAUUUAACUAAUAUUUGUAUGAAGUUGUAUUGGACUACAUUGAUGUUUGAAUUGAGAUUGUGUCAGUUUUGUUUGAAAUAAUUAACUUGCCUACCCUGUGGGAUCCAAGGAUGUAGACAUUAGAAUUUUAAGGUGACAUGAAGGGUGGAUUGGUCUUCUCUGCAAGAACUGGCAGAGCAGUUAAGACGAGGAAUUGAAGAGUUCCAUCAGUCUUCUCACCUCUUCAGAGCUAUGUUAGCCUUGUCUUGCUUUUAGUCUGGCCCCAUUCUCUACCUCAGAGAAAAGUUUCGAGGGAUUAACGGAUGUUUAUGAAAGGUUUGAAUUGUCUUCAGUGAAAAGAACGAGUAGUGAGAAUCCUUGAUUACUACCUUUUUUUAUUUUACCUUUUCCUUGAGCAGAUUGGGCCAACCCCUUUGCAUUCUUUGCUUUCUAUGUUGGAUAUUGUUAAUUACUGUGUACUGUGUAUCUGCAUAAUGUCUGAAGUCUUUAACACAGUAACAGGUCAAACUCGUUGGCAUUCUUUGACUCUUCGCGAAAUAGGGACAUGACAUUAUUAAGUGGCCUAAAUCUGUUUCUUCAUUUACCUCAAACUUAAUCUGCCAUUUUUAUACUGAAAAUUAAGUACUUUUUAUAGAUUUUAUAAAUGUUACAGCAUUUUGGAUGUUUUGUGCUGUUUGAUGUAUUUAUAUAUAAUUUUUUAAAUCGUAAUAAUUUUAAUACUUAAAAGAUUCCAAUGUGUAUUAACUGUUAAGGGUGAAAGAUAUAAAAACCAUACUUCAGUGUUUUAAAAUAAAAGUGCAAUUUUAAGUUUUUUUCCACUGCCAAUUAUACAAGAGGGCUACAUUCUGCAUAAUUAAAAACUUUACAACAAGACUUGAAUGUUGCCAUUACUGAGUAGUUUCCUCAACUUGAGGAGCUUUGCUGACUUUCAUAGGGCUUCAGUUAAUGCUGUCUACUAAGGCCUGGCUGCUCACAGGGUGGUCCAUGAGCUUAUGAAAAAUUCAGACUCUUGGGCCUCCCCCCAGACCUACUGAAUAAGAAUCUGCAGUUUAGCUUGAUCCUCAGGUGAUUCUUAUUCACCUGUUUGAGAGGCAACGUAACUUCUCUACAUAAGUAGUUAUAUUGCUUAGCAUAUACACUGUAAAACUCCAAGGCACUCUCCUGAGUGCUGUCAAAUUGAUUUCAACUCAUAGAGACCCCAUGUGACAAGGGUAGAACUACCCCAUAGGGUUUUCUAGGCUGUAAUCUUUAAGAGAGCAGAUCUCCAGGUCUUUCUUCCAUGAUAGCAAUUAACCAUUGCACCACCAGGGCUCCUUAAGGCACUAUAACCCAAAACCUAUUUUUUUUUAUUGCCCUCGAGUUGAUUCCAACACAUAGCAACCCUUUGGGACACAGUAGAACUGCCCCCAUAGGGCUCCCGAGGCUGUAGAUCUUUACGGAAGUAGACUGACACCUGUCUCCCGCAGAGCAGAGCAGAGUGGCUGGUGGGUCUGAGCUGCUGAUCCUUUGGUUAGCAGCCGACCACCUUAGCCGCUGCACCACCAGGGUACUUCUUAAGGAACUGUGGUGACUUAAAAGAAAUUAUGUAGGAUCUUAUGAAAUAAGCAUCCUUCCCCCUUCCCCCUCCUGGGAGAAGUGCAAGGGGAAAAAGGAAGAUAAAAUGUGACCACAGCUUAUCUUUGUAGGUUUGCCAGCAGUGAAAGCCACAAAAUCAUUAAAUUCAUAUACCAGUGAUUUUAGAAUUCAGCUAUUAGAGGCUGAAAUUUGAUUAUUAGUAGUGUAAGUAAUUUAGUAUAUAUAUGUUUCAAGUUUAAAGUCUUAAAAAGCUGCCUCAGGAAAUAAUUUGAGAUCAGUACUCUAUAACAACCCUGAAAAAAAGGAAAAACCAGCUUAAUAUGUAUUCGUUGUUUCUACAGAAUUUGAACUUGAAAAACAUACAAAAAGCAGAAACUUGUAUUACUCAAAGUAACUUUAUGGUAAAAAUUCACUAUAGUUAGGGACGAUUACUCUAAAGUAUGUAUUUCAAAAAAAAUAAUGUAUUUGUAUCUUACUGUACUACCGACUUAAAUGUUUUCAUGUAGAAUGCCUACUUAAAAAAUUAAAAUAGCUGGGACAAACUGUGUGUGUAUGUGUGUUUGAGGUUCUCAGAUAAGAAUAUCAUGUUCACAAUGUAAGAGACACCUAUUAUAUAUUAAUUAGUAUAUUAAUAGGAGCCCUGGUGGCACAGUGGCUAAAGCACUCAGCUGCUAACCAAAAGGUUGGUGGUUGGAACCCACCAGUCGCUCUGCAGGAGAUGAUGUGGCAGUCUGCUUCCAUAAGGAUCUACAUCCUUGGAAACCCUAUGGGGCAGUUCUACUCUGUCCUACAGGGUCACUGUGAGUUGGAAUCAACUCGACGGCAGUGGGUUUUGGGGUUUUAGUGUAUAAAUACAAGAUACCCCUUCACAAUGAAAAAGGUAGCUUUCAGACAAUGCAGUUAUAAAUGUGAGUUGGUAGUAUCCAAAUUAUGGUAGUUAUAAUCUUCAUCAAUUUUUACAGAAAACAGAUUUAAAAAAAACAUGAUUUGAGGAGGUCAAAGUUUUUCUAAUAAAUACUAUUAAAUGGUUAUUACCUUUUGUGUUGGUCAUUGUGUUGGUAGGUAUGCAAAGAGUACUUUUAUGAGAAGAAACCCGUAAUAAUAUUUUCCCUACCACAUAAAAACAUUUGAGAAGUACCACAAACUCACUUCCAUUAACAAUGAGGAAGGAAUUAAAGCUGAAUGUACUGUGUUUUACCAUAAUUUACAGCCUCUGUGCUUAGGCAGCUUUAGGACUGCUUUUCCAUCUUUCACAUCAGAAACAACAGCAUUUACAAAUCUGAUGAAAUAUGGAUUUAUUUAUUAAUGCAGUAUGCAGUGAGGAUUAAUUUCUCACGCUCAACUGCUACCUAUGUUGGACUUCUUAGGAAACCAAGUUCAUCUGAGGAAAAACAUAAACCGGAUGCAAGUUUUCAUGGCAUGUAGACUGUCAAGAGAGCACUCCAGGUAGCGGCAGAUAACAGUUACCAGACUUUGGUAAAAUAAUCCAAUAAAUAUUUUUUAAUGAAAGAUCUUAAACCAAAAAAAAAAAAAGUUACAUAAAAUUUGGUUCAACGUAAGACCCCAAUAAUGAUGUGGUGCCACGUUAAGAGCAGAUAAAAGGUCUUUAGAAAAUGGUAGGUUUAGGUACUAUGCCUUAUUAAAAAAUUAUAAAAUUUUGAAUUAUAAAUAAAACCUUACCAAAUUAGUAUACUAGAGUUUCCAAGGAAAUAGAAUUAUUUUAGAAAGACUGUAUUUUUGAAAUUCAGAACAUUUCUACUAACUUGGAAAGGUAUUUUACAGAUGAAUGCAACCAUGUCUUUUAAAAACGGUAAAUGACCUACCAAGACAACGUAAGUUUCAAGAGUAGAACAAACUAUCCCCCCGCUUUCCUGACUUCAGUGUAAACAUAAGAAUCACAACAAUAUUCUACAGCCACAAAAUGGAUAAAUUGAACAUAGGUGAUACCUGGGCUGAGAUCUGUUUUCAGAACUUUAUUUUACAAGUAGGUAAUGUACUUUUAAUUUUUUACUAACAUUUUUCUCUUAGAGAUACAGUUUAGACAUUCAUAUCAUAAAGCAAAUACUCAUUUAUCAAAAUGACAUACAGGUGUAGCUAUGACGCUAUUUAUUGGUACCCAAAUCAUUAGAAACUUUAUUUCAGCCAAGGCUCUCUAAGCUUUCAUUAUUUGUAUGCAACUCCAGGAACACCAGCUCAUCAAUUUAUGGUUUAGUGGUCACGAGUAGAUACAUGUCAGUCAUUGCAGAGGCAAUUUAGGCCUCUUCUGUUAUGCCCACCAUUCAGGACAAACCUUUUUGAAUAGUUAACUACCUAGAAAGUCAAAUAUAAAUGAAGUACAGUAUUCAAAAGUCAACCUAUAUGAUGGACAUUAAUCUGGUUGAUUUUAGCCUAAAUUUAUCUGUUGCUCCUCAGUAGAGUGAAUCCAGAUACAUGUUCCAUAGAUGCAAUGACUUUUUUCCAUUGGUCAGUGAAGAAUAAAAUAAUUUGUACUUUCAGAAAGCACUUUUGUUUUUCUGUCCAUGAGAACAGCUUCCUUUUUAUUUGCCCUUGCCUUCUUUGUUUCGAAUAUAUAAUACUCAGGUUUACAAAUUUUUCCAGUGACUACAUUUCAGCCUGCACGUCAUCAGGAAGCACGUGAGAUGUUUUUAUUUUAAAGGUUAGCUAUUUUAAAUUCAUUAUUGGUCAAGUUAGUCAUGGGCACUUCUCUUACAGAAAGCAAUUCCAAAAACAAUAGAUACUUGCUAGCUCUAAUCAAUACUUUGACCUUCUCCCUAUAUUUGUGGAUCACGUGAUACUUUACUGUCCAUGAUCCUCAGACAACAAACCACACGGAAUUUCUGGAAAAAUAACAGAAUACAGUAUCGGAUUGGUCCAGAAAAAAGAGGCCAACACAUUUUAAUGGCUAAGUUUUCAAUAAAAUUCUUAACUGUCUACAAUAUUCCUUUGAAGUAAGUUUUCUUAUUAGAGUGGAACAUGAAUUUUAGAAUUACUGAUUUGGUUGGAGGGGACAUCAAGCAACAGUCAUAUAUAAGUCGUAUAUUUCCCCAAAAGAUAACAAUUAAGUGAAGAUUAUCCAUCAGUUAAUGUUACCUUCUGUAAAAAUAUUCGCCCGUCAGUUUGUCAUACUAUGGUGGCUUGCAUGUUGCUAUGACGCUGGAAGCUAUGCCACCAGUAUUUCAAACACCAGCAGCGUCACCGAUGGUGGACAGGUUUCAGCGGAGGUUCUAAACUAAGACUAGGAAGUACCUGGUGUUCUACUUCUGAAAAAAUUGGCCAGUGAAAACCAUAUGAACAGCAGCAGAAAACUGUCUGAUACGGUGUUGGAAGAUGAGCCCCUCAGGCUGGAAGGCACUCAAAAUUUGGGGAAGAGCUGCCUCCUCAGUGUUGAGUCAAUCUUAAUGACAUGGGUGGAGUAAAGCUUUUGGGACUGUGAUUUGCUGAUGUGGCAUAACUUGAAAUGAGAAGAAACAGUUGUAAACAUUAAUAGUAGGAAUGUGGAAUAUACAAAGCAUGAACCUAGGAAAACUGGAAGUGGUCAAAAAUGAAAUGGAAUGCAUAAAGAUCAAUAUCCUAGACAACAGUAAGCUGAAAUGGACUAGUAUGGUCCAUUUUGAGUCAGACAAUCAUAUGGUUUACUAUAUCGGGAAUGACAGGAGGAAUGGCAUUGCAUCCAUUGUCAAAAACAACACUUCAAGAUCUAUCCUGAAGUACAACGUUGUUAGUGAUAGUAUAAUAUCCAUACACCUACAAGGAAGACCAAUUAAUAAGAUUAUUAAGUUUAUGCAUCAACUAGUAAUGCCAAAGAUGAAAAAACUAAACAUUUUUACCAACUUCUGCACUCUGAAAUUAAUCAAACAUGCAAUCAAGAUGAAUUGAUAAUUACUGUGAUUGGAAACAAAGCACGAUUGGUAGUUGGAAAAUAUGGCAUUGAUGAUAGAAACAGCGCUGGAGAUUGCAUGAUAGAAUUCUGUAAGACCAAUGAAUUCUUCAUUGCAGAUAUCUUUUUACAACAAAUGGUGACUAUACAUGUGGACCUCGCCUGAUGCAAUACACAGGAAUCAAACUACAUUUGUGGAAAGAGACGUAGAAGCUCAGUAUCAGAACAAGGCCAGGGGCCGACUGCCGAACAGACCAUCAAUUGCUUAUAUGCUAGUUCAAGUUGAAGCUGAACAUUAUUGGAGCAAGUCCAUGAGAGCCAAAAUACGACCUUGAGUAUAUCCCACCUGAAUUUAGAGACCAUCUCAGGAACUGAUUUGAUGCAUUUGAACACUAAUGACCAAAGACCAGACGAGUUGUGCAAAGACAUCAUACACGAAGAAAGCAAGAGGUCAUUAAAAAGACAGGAAAGAAAGAAAAGACCAAAAUGGAUGUCAGAAGAGACUCUGAACCUUGGUCCUGAAUGGAGAGUAGCUAAAGCACACAAAAUAUGAAGUAAAAGAGCUAAAUGGAAGAUUUCGAAGCGUGGCUCAAGGGACACAGUAUUAUAAUGAAAUCUGCAAAGACCUCAACUUAGAAAACCAAAAGAGAAGAACGUACUCAGCAUUUCUUAAGCUGAAAGAACUGAAGAAAAAAUUCAAGCCUAGAAUUGCAAUACUGAGGGAUUCUAUGGGCAAAAAAUUAAAUGACACAGGAAGCAUCAAAGAAGAUGGGAGGAAUAUAGUCACUAUACCAUAAAGAAUUGGUCAACGUUCAACCAUUUCAGGAGGUAGCAUAUGAUCAAGAACUGAUGGUACUGAAGGAAGAAGUCCAAGCUGCACUGAAGGGAAUUGUGAAAAACAAGGCUCCAGGAAUUGACAGUAUACCAAUUGAGAUGUUUCAACAACGGGAUGCAGCGCUGGAAGUGCUCACUCAUCUGUGUCAAAAAAUUUGAAAGACAGCUACCUGACCAACCAAAUAUGAAGAGAUCCGUAUUUGUGCUCAUUCCAAAGAAAGGUGAUCCAACAGAAUGUGAAUAUUAUUGGACGAUAUCAUUAAUAUCAGACACAAGUAUAAUUUUGUUGAAGAUCAUUAUCAUUCAAAAGCGGCUGCAGCAGUACAUCAAUGGGGAACUGCCAGAAAUUCAGUCCAGAUUCAGAAGAGGCCAUGGAACUAGGGAUAUCAUUGCUAAUGUCAGAUGGAUCCUGGCUGAAAGCAGAGAAUACCAGAAAGAUAUUUACCUGUGUUUUAUUGACUAUGCAAAGGCAUUCGACUGUGUGGAUCAUAACAAAUUAUGGAUAACAUUGGGAAGAAUGGGAAUUCCAGAACACUUAAUUGUGCUCAUGAGGAACGUGUACACAGACCAAGAGACAGUUGUUCGAACAGAACAAGGGGAUACUGUGUGGUUUAAAGUCAGGAAAGGUGUGCAUCAGGAUUGUAUCAUUCACUAUUCUUAUUCAAUCUGUAUGCUGUAUGCCAAGAAGCUGGACUAUAUGAGGAAUGGUAUCAGGACCGGAGGAAGGCUCAUUAACAAACUUCCAAUACGCAGAUGACACAAGUUGCUUGCUGAAAGUGAAGAAGACUUGAUGCAUGUACUCAUGAAGAUCAAAGACUACAGCCUUCAGUAAGGACUGCACCUCAACACAAAGAAAACAAAAAUCCUCACAACUGGACCAAUAAGCAACAUCAUGAUAAACAGAAAAUACUGAAGUUGUCAAGAAUUUCAUUUUAUUUGGAUCCACAAUCAACUCCAAUAGAAGCAGCAGUCAAGAAAUCAAUUGCAUUGGGCAAAUCUGCUGCAAAAGACGUCUUUAAUGUGUAACAAAGCAAAGAUACCACUUUGAAGAUUAAGGUGUGCCUGACCCAAGCCACAGUAUCUUCAUUCACCUCAUAGGCAUUUACAACAGCUGUAAAAACUGGCACGGCAGAGGCAUUGUCUCACCUCCUCUAACUUCAGAAGGGAGGAAGAGAAUCAAAGAUCAACAGCAUCAACUGCUCAAGGCUGAUUCUUAGGAGCCAGAAGUCAAACAUACCUCCUCUGGCAAACCUUUUACCAAUUCUGACACCAGCCACCCCUCCCAUGGCACUCUACUUCUCUGCUGGGUUCAGUAAUUCAUUCCAAUGGCCACACAGAACUCAGACAAUAUUCACAGUUACGGGAUUUAUCAGGGGAAGUAAUAGGUUACAAUUCAGGAUCAGGAAACAACUCAGGUACAAUUCUUCCAUCAGGACAGCCUCUUAGCUGUGCUGCAGACAGGCAGGUCUCUGGCCCUUGCCACAUCGGCCCAGCCUCUGCCCUGCUCCAGCAAGUGUUACGAAGCUCUUUUAGCUCUGCUGAUAACUGCCCAGAGGCACCCCCACACACAGUCCACCAGUAAGCCUCAGCCUAGAGGUGCUCAGCUUUCUCACUCAGUGGGUCGGAUCCACCAAUAAGUGCCCAGAGACACUCCACUCCACCAGCAGGCCUCCUGCUCAUAGGCCCUAGCUUUCUCGCUCAAUGGGUCGGUAAGCCUAGCUCUACCAAGUACCCAGAGGCACUCCACUCUGCCAGCAAGUCUGCUGCCCAAGGCACUCAGUUUUCUCACUCCAUGGGCCAGGAGGCCUACAGCGAUGUCUCCCACCAGUCUCCUGGUUUUGCCACCAUUUCUCUGCCACUGCUUCUCACCGUUUCCUCUGUCUCUGGUGUUACAGCUCUCUCUCUCUCUCAGAGGUUCUUCUCAGCACAGGGACCCCAGGUCCAAAGGAUUUGCUCUGCUCCCAUCUCUUCUUGGUGGUGGUGAGGUCCUCCCUUUCUGCCUCUGAGGUGGCUCAUUUUAAGCUUAGUAGAAUGGCAAAUCUGAUCAAUCCCCUUGUUAGGGUUCCAUACAGCUUGUUUGCAUGGCCCCACCCCCACAUGGAUGCCAUACACUGUAUUUGCAUAUUAGCAAGCUUUCAGUCCCCUUGGUGGCCACCUUCUUUGCAUAAUCCCACCCAGUCACUUGGGUGGGAGUGUAUAAGACCAUGGCAAGAAAGGCCAUAUAAAAGCGAGCCAUUGCACUGCUCCUGCCCUAAGUUUUAUCAGUUUUAAAAUAUUUAUUUUAACUCCAAAGAAAUAGGUUUAAACAUAGGAAAUAAAAUAUAUGUUAGUUCAUCUACAUAUUCUUCAUCUUGGCCAUGAGGUCUUCCAAGCUUUCACCAGAAUCUUCCACUGUUACAUCAGGUACAGAAUCUUCUUGCUAUCAACAGAUAAGGGAAAUACAGUGAAAAAAUAACUAUAUAAAAUUCUUAAUGCUUAGGAACAUAUAAUCAGCAAGCUUUAACCAUGUUCAACAAAUUUCUAAAGAAGUUUAUAAAGCAGAUUUUUCUUACUAAAUAUGCCUUCUAAUUUUUAGGACAGACAGUCCUUUACUUUCCCUACAAGUCUUGAUUUACAAGGUAGAGAGUAAUUGCAGUUUUUGUGAGAUCUCUACUGAACGGUAUCUUUAAAUAGUGUUGUGGCUAAAACUAUCAAUUUACAAAGCCGUCUUCAUUUAAUCAAAAUCUAUUAUACUUAAGCCAUCAAUAAGUGAACAAAACUACUUUAUGUCUGUUUUCAAAUAGUUUAAAAUGUGUUGUAUAUGUCUCCAUAUUAACACUGAGUACCUCUUUCUGACAUCUUAAUGCCUACAGUCUAAAAUAUCUAAAACAGGAAAUACUGUAUUGGUAUUAAAAAACAGGAUGAAGAUGAAAGAAGAACACUGAUUAAUUUCUCUUCUACAAUAUUUACUUGUGGAUAAAUCAGAUUUUAGAAAUACCUUUUUUGGGAUCGUAUACGCCACUGUAAUUCCUUCAGGUAGGUCAGGAACUGGGCCUGAGGAAUUUUUCAGUUCCUCUUCUGAAACCUCAGAUACCAACUCAAUACCUACAGAAUUAAAUUUGAUCUAUAAUAGUUUUUAAGGAAGCUAUAAUUAUUCAAAAUUUGUAAAAUAUUAUUACAAUUAUAUUCCCUGCCAUAAAAAAUUUGGUUUUAGGAUGCCAUUUCAAUUCCUAAAAGAAUCCCUACCCCACUCGUUAUCUUCAUGUAUUAUCUCUUCCUCUUCUUGGACAACCUCCUCUUUUGGCAGUGCUGCUACUUUUUUCUGUGGAAAUCAAAUAGUAUCAAAAUGUUUUUACUCAUUCUCCGUUCUCUGAAGCAUUCAUCAAUAAUUCAAAUAGCUUUUUAUCUUACUAAAAUCAAGAAAGGGCUUUGAAUAUAUACUUAUUUUCACUUUUGAAUUUGGUGAAUAAAUUAAAACUUCAAAAAACCAGAAUCCAUUUAUCUUAUAUUCCAAAUCUAAAUCACUGUUUCUAUUUUUUAAGUUAUCAUCCUAUGCAACAUGAUGCUUCAUAUAUUCUGAUUGACUGACAUAUACCUUAUAUUCUUCCUGCUGCUUCCUGCAAUUUCUGUCAUCACACUGAGGAUUUGGCUUCAUGGACAUAGUAGGAAAAAAAUCCUGCAUUGCAUUGUAUCCAAGGUAAAAACUGACCGUACCAAAAUUUAACAGAAACCUAGAAAAACAAAGCAAUAAAUAAAACCAUAAAAAAAAGUACUAGAGAAGACAUUCAGGUGGCUAACAGAUUCAUGAAGAAAUGCUCACGAUCAUUAGCCAUUAGAGAAAUACAAAUCAAAACAACAAUGAGAUUCCAACAACGCUGGCAUUAAUCCAAAAAACCCAAAAUAAUAAAUGUUGGAGAGGCUGUGGAGAGACUGGAAGACUUAGACACUGCUGGUGGGAAUGUAAAAUGGUACAACCACUUUGGAAAUCGAUUUGCCGCUUCCUUAAAAAAUUAGAAAUGGAACUACCAUACAGUCCAGCAAUCCCACUCCUUGGAAUAUAUCCUAGAGAAAUAAGAGUCUUUACACGAACAGAUAUACUCACGCCCCAUGUUCACUGAAGCACUGUUUACAACAGCAAAAAGCUGGAAGUAACCAAGGUGCCCAUCAACGGAUGAAUGGAUAAAUUAUGGUAUAUUCACACAAUGGAAUAUUGCACACCAUUAAAGAACAAUGAUGAAUCCAUAAAGCAUUUCAUAACAUGGAGGAAUCUGGAAGGCAUUAUGCUGAGUGCAACAGUCAGCUGCAAAAGGACAAAUAUUGUAUAAGACCACUAUUAUAAGAACUCAAGAAAUAGUUUAAACAGAAAAGAUAAUAUUCUUUGAUGGUUACAGGGGGGAGGGAAGAAGGGAGAGGGAGGGAGAGAGGGAUUUUCACUAAUUAGGUAAGAUUUAUUUUAGGUGAAGGGAAAGACAGCAUACAAUACAGGAGAGGUCUGCACUACUGGACUAAACCAAAAGCAAAGAAGUUCCCUGAAUAAACUGAACGCUUUGAAGGCCAGUGUAGCAGGGGCGGGGGUUUGGGGACCAUGGUUUCAGGGGAUAUUUAAGUCAAUUGGCAUAAUAAAAUCUAUUAAGAAAACAUUCUGCAUCCGACUUUGGAGAGUGGCAACCAGGGUCUUAAACGUUAGCAAGCAACCAUCUAAGAUGCAUCAACUGGUCUCAAGCCACCUAGAGCAAAGGAGAAUAAGAACACCAAAGACACAGGGUAAUUAUGAGCCCAAGAAACAGAAAGGGGCACAUAAAGCAGAGACUACAUCAGCCUGAGACCAGAAGAACUAGAUGGUGCCUGGCUACAACAGAUGACUGCCCUGACAGGAACACAGCAGAGAACCCCUGAGGGAACAGGAGAACAGUGGGAUGCAGACCCCAAAUUCUCGUAAAAAGACCAGACUUAAUGGUCUGACUUAGACUUGAAUGACCCAGAGGUCAUGGUCCCCAGACCUUCUGUUAGUCCAAGACAGGACCAUCCCUAAAGCUAACUCUUCAGACAGGGAUUGGACUAGACUACAGGAUAGACAGUGACACUGGGGAAGAAUGAGCUUGGAUCAAGUAGACACAUGAGACUCUGUUGGCAUCUCCUGUCUGAAGGGGAGAUGGGAGGGUACAGAGGGUCGGAAGCUGGCCCAGUGGACUCAACAAUUAGGAGUAUAGAGCAAGGUGUUUAUAAAUUUUUGUGUGAGAGUCUGACUUGAUUUGUAAACUUUCACUUAAAGCACAAUAAAAGUUAAAAAAAAAGUACUAGAAGAAAGUAACUGAAUUUUUAAAAGAUGAUUUUAUACUAGGUAAUGAUGUUUACAGGCCUGGCUUAUAGUAGAUACUUGAAUAUUUGUUGAAUGAAUGAAGGAAAAAUAUUUCAUCAACUGUAGAACAUACUAUUAUUUGAUGAACCACUAAGAAAAAUAAAACGUCACCAAUUAAAAUGUAACUUGUCAACAACUUUUUAAGAGGCAUCCUGGAUUUAGAGAGGUUAAAAUGUAGGCAAAGUGUGUCUUAAGAAUCCCUGAAAUAUGAUAGAAAAUCUUUUUUUUUUUUAAUUAUAUGUAACUUCCAGUACAGUGGUCAAUCUUAAAUGUGCAGGUCAAUCUUAAAUGUGCAGGUCGAUGAAUUUCAGCACAAGUCUUCAUGCAAGUAACCACCACCAGAUCAAGAUAGAGGACUUCCCCAGUAUCCCAUGAGGCUACCUGUGCCUCCUCCCAGUCAAAUCUGACUCCUUCUAAAAGCUUCUGUAUAGAGCAGAAGUCAUGUACAAAAGAUAAAUGACAAGAGGAAAAAUAUUUGCAAAUGCUUAACACUAAGAAAAGGCCAAAAACUGAGAAAGGACAUGAGCAGACAAUUCACAUAAGGAUACAUGCUGAACCUUCUCACAAUAAAUGUUGUUAGGUGCUAUCGAGUCAGUUCUUACUCAUAACGACCCAAUGUACGACAGAAGAGAACACUGCACCAUCCCCACAAGCCCAUUGUAGCAGCCACUGUGUCAAUCCAUCUUGUUGAGAGUUUUCCUCUUUUUCCCUAAUCCUCUUCUUUACCAAGCAUGAUGUCCUUCUCUAGGGAAUGGUCCCUCCUAAUAACAUGUCCAAAGUACAUGGGAUGAAGUCGUGCCAUCCUUGCUUUCAAGGAGCAUCCUGGCUGUACUUCUAAGCCAGAUUUGUUCACGCUUCUGGCAGUCCAUGGUAUAUUCAAUAUUCUACACCAAGACCAUACUUCAAAGGCAUCAGUUCUUCAGUGUUCCUUAUUUAUUGUCCAGCUUUCACAGAUGUAUGAGGCGACUGCAAACACCAUGGCUUGGGUCAGGUGGACCUUAGUCCUUAAAGAGGCAUUUUUGCUUUUUAACACUUUAAAGUGUCUUUUGCAACAGAUUUGCCCAAUGCAAUACAUCAUUUGAUUUCUUGACUGCCGCUUCCAUGGGCGUUCAUUGUGGAUCCAAGUAAAAUGAAAUCCUUGACAACUUCAAUCUUUUCUCCAUUUAUCAUGCUGUUGCAUACUGGUCCAGUUGGAUUUUUGUUUUAUGUUGAGAUGUAAUCCAUACUGAAAGCUGUAGACUUUGAUCUUCAUCACUGUUUCAAGUCCUCUUCACAUUCAGCAAGCAAAGUUGUGUUAUCCGCAAAUCACAGGUUGUUAACGAGGCUUUAUUUUUGCUUCAGAUAGUCCAGCUUCUUGGAUUCCUUGCUCGGCAUACAGAUUGAGUAAGCAUAGUGAAAUGAUACAACCCUGAUGCACACCUUUCCUUACUUUAAACCAUACAAUAUCCCCGUGUUCUGUUUGAAUGACUGCCUGUUGGUCUAUGUACAGGUUCCCCAUGAGCACAAUUAUGUGUUCUGGAAUUCCCAUUCUUUGCAACAUUAUCCAUAAUUUCUGAUACACAGAGUCGAAUGCCUUUGCAUAGUAAAUAAAACACAGGCAAACAUCUUUCUGGUGGUCUCUGCUUUCAGCCAUGAUCCAUCUGACAUCAACAUGAUAUCCCUCCUUCCUUGUCCUCUUUUGAAUCCAGCUUGAACGUCAGCAAAAUUUUACUUGUGUAUUAUAUUAAUGAUAUUGUUUGAUAAUUUCAGCAGUCUAUUAGAUCGCCUUUCUUUGGAAUGGGCACAAAUAUGGAUCUCUUCCAGUCGGUUGGCCAGGUAGCUGCCUUAUAAAUUUCUUGGCACAGACAAGUGAGUACUUCCAGUGCUGCAUCCAUGUGUUGAAACAUCUUAAAUGGUAUUUCAUCAAUUCCUGGUGCCUUGUUUUUCCACCAAUGCCUUCAGUGCAGCUUGGACUUCUUCCUUCAGUACCAUCAGUUCUUAAAUCAUAUGCUACCCCCUGAAAUGGCUGAACGUCAACCAAUUCUUUUUGGUAUGGUGACUGUGUAUUCCUUCCAUCUUCUUUUGAUGCUUUCUGAGUCACUCAACUUUUUGCCCAUAGAAUCCUUCAAUAUUGCAACUCUAGGCUUACAUUUUUUCUUCAGUUCUUUUAGCUUGAGAAAUGCCAAGCAUGUUCUUCAAUUUUGGUUUUCUAACUCCAAUUCUUUGUACAUUUCAUUAUAAUACUUUCUGUCUUCUCGAACUGCCCUUUGUGAUCUUUUGUUUAACUCUUUUAUCAUUUUUCUUUCACUUUAGCUACUUAACAUUCAAGAGCAAGUUUCAGAGACUCUUCUGACAUCCACUUUGGCCUUUUCUUUCUUUCCUGUCUUUUAAACGACCUUUUGCUUUCUUCAUAUAUGAUGUCCGUGAUGCCAUUCCACAACUCAUCUGGUCUUCGGUCAUUAGUGUUCAACGCGUGAAACCUAUUCUUGAUAUGGUCUCUGAAUUCACGUGGGAUAUACUUAAGGUCAUACUUUGGCUUGGCUCUUGUGAACUUGUUCUAAUUUUCUUCAGUUUCAACUUGAACUUGCAUAUGAGCAACUGACUGUUCUGCAGUCGGUACCUAUCCGUGUUUUGAAUGAUGACUGUCUUAGGCUGGGUUCUCUAGAGAAGCAAAACCAGUAAAGCAUGUAAGAGAGAGAUUUAUAUCAAGGAAACGGCUAACACAGUUGUAGAGAUUGGAACAUCCCAAGUCCAUAGGUCAAGCUGGAGGCAUCUUCUAAUUAACGUAGCUGCAGGGGCUGGUGAUUCCAAAAUCAGCAGAUCAGAGAGCAGGGCUAUUGCUCACAGGCUAUGAAGAUAGGCAAAUCACAAGAUUCAGGAGGCAAGCUGCUAGCUCAAGUCCCAAGAACCCCAGGUCAGAUGAACAGGGGCGAGCUGCAGAAUUCAGAGCAAGCAAAAGCCCCCAAGCCUUGCAAGAAUGUCUACUUAUAUAUUCAAUGCAGUUCACAUGCCCAAGGAAACUCCAUUUCAACUGACUGGCUACUCACAGCAGAUUCCAUCACAGAGGUGAUCAUAUCAUCUUACAGCUGCAAAACCACUGAGAAUCAUAGCCUAGCCAAGCUGACACACAAUCUUAACCAUCACAAUGAUACUGUCCUUUUCCAUUGUCUCAUUCCAUAGAUAUAGUCAAUUUGAUUCCUGUGUAUUCAUCUGGAGAGGUCCAUGUGCAUAGUCAUCAUUUAUGUUGGUGAAAAAGGUAUUUGCAAUGAAGAAUCCGUUGGGCUUGCAAAAUUCUAUCUUGCGAUCUCCGAUGUCAUUUCUAUCGCUAAGGCCAUAUUUUCUGACUGUUGUUCCUUUGUUUCCAGCUUUCACAUUCCAAUCAUCAGUCAUUAUCAAUGCAUCUUAACUGCAUGUCUGAUCAGUAUCAGACUGCAGAAGUUGGUAAAAAUCUUCAGGUUCUUCAUCUUUGGCAUUACUGGUUGGUACGUAAGUGUGAAUAAUAGUUGUAUUAAUUGGUCCUCGUAGGUGUACAGAUAUUACCCUAUCACUGACCACACUGUACUUCAGGAUAGAUCUUGAAACGUUCUUUUUGACAAUGAGUGCAAUGCCAUUCUUCUUCAAUUUGUGAUUCCCAGCAUAGUGGACCACACGAUUGCCCGAUUCAAAAUGGCCAAUACCAGUCUACCUCAGCUCAGUAAUACCUAGGAUAUUGAUCUUUAUGUGUUCUGUUUCAUUUUUGAUGACUUCCAGUUUUCCCAGAUUCCUACUUUGUACAUUCCACGGUCCUAUUAUUAAUGGAUGUUUGCAGCUGUUUCUUUGCAUUUUUUGAGUCAUGCCACAUCAGGAGAUGAAGGUCUCAAAAGCUUGACUCUAUCCACAUCAUUAAGGUCGACUCUACUUUGAGGAGACAGCUCUUCCCCAGUUGUAUUUUGAGUGCCUUCCAACCUGAGGUGCUCACUUUCCAGCACUAUGUUAGACAGUGUUCUGCUGCUAUUCGUAAGGUUUUCAACAGCAAUUUUUCAGAAGUAGACCGCCAGUCCUUCUUCCUAGUCUGUCUUAGUCUGGAAGCUCUGCUGAAACCUGUCCAUCAUGGGUGACCCUGCUGGUAUUUGAAAUACCAGUGGCAUAACUUCCAGCGUCACAGCGACAUGCAAGUCACCACGGUAUGACAAACUGACAGACGCAUGGGGUACAAUAAAUGAGAUACUGAUUUUCCACCUAUGAGACUGACAAAGAUGGAAGAGUCUGAUAAUACCCAAUGUUAUCAAAAGUGUGUUAGAAACAGGUACUUCUACACUGUGGUAGAAAUGUACAACCUUUUGCAGGAGAAAUCUUGCAAUAUCUAUCAAGAUAAACAUUGCCUAAACUCAGAAAUUCCACUUCUAAAAAUUUGUACUGUAUAAAAAUCUAGUGUAUAAAAACAUAUGCAGUAUGUUGUCUGCAGCAUUGUUGAUAACAGCAAAAAACUAGCCUAAGACACCAUCAAUGGAGGGCUGGCUAAAUAUGACACAUCCUCAAUAGAAUACUUUGUAGCCAUUAUUUUUCUUUUUUUGUACCAUAUUAUAGAACGUUUGUUUAGUUAGGGCCUACUGAAGUUUGUACAGACUAUUUGCUCACAUAUUAAACAGCCCUAGACUAUUGCCUUUAGAGUUCUUAUAUGUGCUUUUUAGAAUUUCCGUGCUGGUAGGUAACACUUUUCACUGAUAACAAGGUGCCUCCUUGUAACAUGUUCCUGUUUGUUCUUAUAAUAUUGGAGGACUAGGAAAGAGAUAACUGAGCUUAUUCCAAGUUUUAAAGUGAGAACAAAAUGGCCCCUGUUAGGGAACACCUGAAGGAGCUUUGCCUUUAAUAGUCAUUUUCAGUUGGCUCAUAAACUCUUUUGACAUUAAUUAUAGCUGCAAAUAAACUUUCCUUCUUUUUAGUUAUAGUUUAGAUAGGUGUUAGCGCUGGAUAUGUUUCUGUAUAGCACAGGUGUCCUGGGUUGAAUUGCAUCCCUCCUCCCCCGACCCAAAAAAUAUGUCAACUUGGUUAGGCCAUGAUUCCCAGUAUUGUGUGGUUGUCCUCCAUUUUUUGAUUGUAAUUUUAUGUUACUUAGGGUGGGAUUGUAACACCACCCUUACUCAGGUCACCUCCCCGAUCCAGUGUAAAGGGAGUUCCCCAAAGGAAAGGGAAGCAGGCGGAGAUUUGGGAACCUUGAACCACCAAGAAAGAAGCACUGGGAGCAGAGCACGUCCUUUAGACUUGGGGUUUCUGCACAGAGAAGCUCUUAGUCUAGGGGAGAUUGACAAGAAAGACCUUCCUCCAGAGCUGACAAAAAGAGAAAGCCUUACCCUGGAGCUGAUGGCCUGAAUUUGGACUUCUAGCCUACUAUACUGUGAGGAAAUAAACUUCUCUUUGUUAAAGCCAUCCAUGUGUGGUAUUUCUGUUACAGCAGCACCAGAUGACUAAGACAACAGCUAUUGCCAUGGUUAGUGUUUAAUCAUCUUCAGAUUAUUUUUCUGACUCAUGGUAACCCUAUGUGUGCAGAGAGAACUGCUCCACAGUGUUUUCAAGGCUGUGGCCUUCUGGAAGCAGACUGCCAGGCCUGUCUUCCAGGGUGCCUCGCCAUGAGUCGGAAUCAACUUGACAGCAACUAACAAUAACAACAAGAUUAUUUUUAGUAAGAGUUCAGUCAGGAUAGUGGAAAGCAAGUGCUUUUAUGUCUAAUCUCCACCCUUGGUCAAACCUGCAGAGAUUUAAAUCAUUUGGUUAAUGUUUCAUAAAUAAAUACACUAGUACUAUUUCACUGUUUUGACUCAUAGCAGCUCUGUAGGACAGAGUAGAACCACUCCAUAAGGUUUCCAAGGCUGUAAAUUUUUAUAAAAGCAGACUGCCACAUCUUUCUCCCGGAAGCAACUGGUGAGUUUAAGCUGCCAGCCUUUCAGUCAACAGCUGAGUGCUUAAGCGGUGCACCACCAGGGCUCCUUAUAGGGUCACUAUGAGUCAGAAUCAACUUGACGGCAAAGGGUUCACUGUACCAUUUAACAAGAGCUAUUCCAAACGCAGACAAUAACUGAUAAGGUUGUGUGUGUAAUAAUUAUGUGUAUCAUAUAUUACAUAUGUAUAAUUUAUAUAUAUGAUUCACACAUGUAUACACACAUACAGUACAUAUAUACAAACAUACUCAUAGGAUAUAUAUACUGUACACACAUUAUAUAUAUAUAAAUUACAUAUACAUAAAGUAUGUAAAACUAAAUACUUGGCUGCUAAUUUUAAUUUCUGAAAUUAUUUAUGAAACACAUUUACUUAUAUCAAAAACAAAAAACUAUUCAGAAAAAUCAGCCCUCACUUACUUUAACACGUUUUGUACCAAGAUUCCAGCAACUACUCCCAUAGUGGUAGGAAGACUAGCUGCACAAACACCUUCUCGUUUCAGAGUCUUCUCAUCAAUAUUUGCAGCAACUACAAGUGGUGGAGCACACUGCAUGAAAAAGGAAUAAAAAUACAUUUUUAAAAGAAGGGAGAAAAAUAGUAUGAGAUAUUCCAAAUAAUAUUUUAUCACAUUCAAAGUGUUUUUUCUUUGAAUUAUAAUGUGUUUUCAAUGCUUCUAAUAACUCUAAUUAGAGCAGCCUUGGUGAUGCAGUGGUUAAGUGCUCUGCACUAACUGAAAGGGUGGCAGGUCAAAGCCACCAGCUGCUCCCAGGAGAAAGAUGUACAGUCUGCUGCCGUAAAGACUGCAGCCUUGAAAACUCCAUGGCUCAGUUCUACCGUGUCCUGUGGGGUCGAUGUAUGUCAGAGUCGGCUCGAUGGCAACAGAUUAAGAACUCUAGUACCUAAGAAUGAAAAACAGCCCAAAAUGAACAAUGCAUACCGCAAAACACGCAGACUCUCCAGGAAUUAUGAGCUGUAUGUGCCCUGAAACUGCAUUUUCACUGACUCCGGAUUCCAUCCAUGUUUGUCCAAGUUCAUUACAAGCCUUGGUUGAAACAGGUGAAAACACAAGAAAGAACAUAAAAGAACAAGACGUAAUUUACCACAAUUCUUUUGAUGAAAAACUAUGGUUUAGUGAAAUGGAAUGCCACAUUUUUUAAAAAAUUAAUUUUCUGAAUAAAAGAGGAAAGUUAUAAAUAAUGUAAUUCUUUGGCAACUGAAUAGACAGCAUUCAAGUAAGCAGUCAAUAAAUAUCUAGUUAAUUAAAUCAUAGUGUCACUGAAACUUUUGUUACGUUCAUGUAAAAAUUCAUUCUUCUAAAAUAAUUUCUGCAACAAAAAACCAAAAUGUCAUUGGAAAAGUUAAAAACACAGUAAUUCCCAAGAACAAAAAUUCAGUUUUACUUUUGAGAAACCAAGUUUUUAAGUAUAGUUCAAAGUGGCAAAAGUUAAAACCAGUGCUAACCAAGAAUAAGAUAGUUUUACAAAAUAUUGAUUUACUUUAUUUAAAAAAUCGUGUAUCAGAAGUAUUUUGCUAUUUUAUAAUUUCCUCUAAGGGAGACUCUGAGUGGCACAAACAGUUAACACUCAGCUGCUAACCUAAAGGUUGGCAAUUCAAGUCCACCCACAGGCACCUUGGAUGAAAGGCCUGGUGAUCUACUUCCAAAAAAUCAGCCACUGAAAACCCUGAGGAGCACAGCUCUGUCUGAGCACAUGGGGUCCCCACGAGUCCAAACAGCAUCAACAGCGACUGGCUUGGUUUUAUCAGCCUAAGAGAUUAAGAUAUACUAUAUGCCAUACCAGCUAGGCUAAUUUCACAAGUAGGCUAAGGGAACAUUAAAAAAUAAAUAAAACACAUUAUAAAAAGGCUUAAAUUCAGGACUGUUUUUAGGAUGGGGAAUAUAUAUCGAGAGAAUGUAUGGGAAAAUAGAAAAAUCCAUAGGAAUACUCACUGUAUUUAUUGUCAUUCGAGCUUCAAAAUUGUCCACACAGCUAAGAACUAGGUCAACAGGUUUUCCCUCUUGUAACCCACCAUUACUAGGCAAAGAAAAUAAAUUUUAUUAAAAAAAAAAAAAAAGACACAA